AUGGGUUUAUCGUUUUCAAAGUUAUUUUCGGGCCUUUUUGGCCGCAAGGAGAUGAGAAUUUUGAUGGUUGGUUUAGAUGCUGCUGGUAAGACCACCAUUUUGUACAAAUUGAAGCUUGGAGAAAUUGUCACCACCAUUCCAACCAUUGGAUUCAAUGUCGAGACAGUCGAGUAUAAAAACAUCAGUUUCACGGUGUGGGAUGUCGGCGGACAAGACAAGAUUAGGCCAUUAUGGAGAUAUUAUUUCCAGAACACGCAAGGGAUCAUCUUUGUCGUUGAUUCGAACGAUAGAGACAGAAUCGGCGAGGCCAGAGAAGAAUUGCAGCAAAUGUUGAACGAAGACGAAUUGAGAGAUGCAUUAUUGUUGGUAUUUGCCAACAAACAAGAUUUACCAAAUGCUAUGAAUGCAGCUGAAAUCACGGAGAAAUUAGGAUUGCAUUCCAUUCGUCAGAGACCUUGGUACAUCCAAGCCACUUGUGCUACUACUGGUGAUGGGUUAUACGAGGGUUUGGAAUGGUUGUCCACUAACUUGAAGAACGCUUAA